CGGGCAGAAAAACAGAGAGAAGAAGGAGGCGACCGAUGGUGACACAUCAAAGCAGGUUCUAUGCUCCAGCUAAGGACCUCUGAGGAAAGAGACAGCGAGUGUGAAAUUUCCCAGCUCAGACGGGCGGUUUUAGAAAACAAUGCCAGGCUCCUUGACGAGAUGCUCUGCCAAGAGAUCUACAAGAAAGUCAUCAACCUCAGAGGUGGCUGGGGCAUCGCGGGCACACCUCUGCACGCCGCGGUGUCUAAGGGCCACCUCAGCUGCCUGCAGGUCCUGAUAGCCCACGGCGCCCUGGUGAACUGCGUGGACGUCAAGGCGCAGACGCCCCUGUUCACAGCCGUACGGGGGAAAUACCUGGACUGUGUCUUAACGCUUCUCAGAGCCGGCGCCAACCCCAACGGGAGCUCGUCCAACAACUGCUCCCCGGUCCUCACGGCGGCACGGGAGGGAGACGUGGAGAUACUGAGGCAACUGCUCAUACACGGCGCCGAGGUGAACUCCCGCUCCAAGGUCUUGCUCUGGACCUCCAGUGCCCGGGUGUCCAGCGGGCCGCUGUACCUGGCUGCUGUUUACGGACACAUGGAGUGCUUCAAACUGUUGCUCCUGUACGGGGCCGACCCGGACUACAACUGCACUGAUGAGAAGCUGCUGAGUUCGGUCAAGCAGCCCAAAACGGUGCUGGAGAUGUGCCUGAGGCACGGCUGCGCUGUGGAGUUCAUCCAGUUGCUCAUAGACUUUGGCGCAAACGUCUACCUCCCCACGCUGAUCAUCGAGAAGUCCACGAAGCAGAAUGAAGCUGUGGAGCUGCUUCUGGAGGAGAGAGGAAAUCCUAAAGCCUUGACUUCACAGUGCCGACUUGCUGUGCGAAAACACCUUAAGCAGAUCAACAAGAUCCACUGUAUCGACCAGCUGGAAAUGCCAACAAGUCUCCUAAACUUCCUGCAAUAUAAACAAGUCCCAGUCACUGUUGUGUAGAUGUCGAAGCGCGUGCUUUUUAUAAUGUUUUUAUUUCAGCUUCAACUCUUCUUCGGUUAUCUGUGGGGCUUUUGACCACAUUCGUCUUCAAUGUUCGUCGCGUGCUGCUGUGUCCGACUGAUCAGUCGAUACAAUUAAAUGUGUGAAUAAAU